UAUAUUUGUGUUAGUCUGUGCACUAUAUACUAUAUAUUUUGUUAAUCGGUUAUGUAAAUCUUCAGUUAUCGUGAUGACAGACCAUGAUAUCGAGUCAGUAAGUAGACAUGUAGUGUUCUAAAAACUUGAAUCUUGGAUCCACCUAUCUAUCCGAGUGCAGGUCAGGGGGAGAUAAUUCACAAUAAACACAGGAGUCCACAGUGCACAGAUAGAGAACAUUCGUCCAUAAAAUGCCAGUUAUCUUCAGAGAACUAGGCCUAGAAAAUUGAUGAGUAUCUUCUACCUUAAUUAAGUUGUCUGAAUAUGGCGACCAGUUACAUGUAUCAGCAUUACGUAGAAUGUGAAGAGUGCAGUAGUGAUGUAAGAGAGCCUGUACAGUGGCACUGUACAAAACACAAACGUAGUCUUUGCGACACUUGCAAAACAACGCAUAAUUCAAACCAGUGUAAAAUAAUUCCUUACACUGAUAGAUUCAAUGAAAAUUUCGACAAGAACCCAACCUUUGCCUCAGAAGUCACGUGCCCUUACAAUUUUUUGAGGGACAUCGGAAGCGCAGGUCAUGAUCAGUUUUGGAUCUUGAGUUCAAGAAGCAAAGAUUUGAAACUUAUAGAUUCAAAAGGUCAAGAAAUAAAAAAUGUGAAAACCGACGAUCAGCCAUGGCGCCUGACUGUGUCACAUGACCGGAAGUUCGUCUUUUACACAGAUAUCAGAGCCAAGGUCGUCAAGAAAGUUGAUGCAAAGUCUGGGAAAAUUGCACAGAUGUUCGCAACAGGAGAAUACGAGCCUAGAGGUAUAGGAGCCUGUCAAUCCGGGCAUCUAUUGGUGUGUCUCUAUAGCUCCAAAAACAUGUCUGGUAAGGUCAUCAAGUAUAACCAGGCUGGGAAAGAAAUUUCGGAAAUCGAGUAUGAUAAAAACAAACGAAACCUGUUCACGAAACCUCAAUACGUCAUCGAAAACAAAUUCGGCGGAAUAUGUGUUUCCGACUCUGAGAGGCGGGAGGUAAUUUUAGUGGACGAAAACGGGGAUCAUCUAUUUUCUUACGACGGAAACAAAGCCAUAGGUGUUUUAGAACAGUUUACGCCGGAGGGAAUUGCCACGGACAGCCGCGGGAAUUUUCUGGUUGCCGACUUCUGGAAUAGUACCAUUCACAUCAUUAAGGACAACGGGGCUUUCGUGUGCUACUUACUCUUUGGGAAAAUAGAGAGCCCCACUGGAAUCACAAUCGAUGCCAGUGACAGACUGGGCGUCUGUGAGUACAGCACUACUAGCGGAGUGGUCAAGGUUCUGUCUUAUCUUAAGUAGUGUGUGCACGUGUAAAUUUGUCUCCUUUUAUUUCAGUAGAGUAAGUUUGUGGACUUUGAAGUUUGCUUACAUGGAAUGUGCUAUGUUUAAUACAGGGGUGUGAUAUUUCCUCUUUUUAGAGGAAAUCCUCUAAUUCGCUCAAUUUUCGAAGAAAGGAAACACCAGGGGCGGAUCCAGGAAUUGUGGUUAGUGGCGCCACUUUAUGAGGCAGGGGGUCUGGGGGCCGCCUUGAGGCCCCCCAGUGGAUCCGGAAGCUCCUGGAUUUUACAGGUUUCAUAGAGCUUGAAAUGUGUCUCAUAUUUAGUCAUUUGUACUAUUUUCUAUCAUUUUUUAUAAGGUGACUUUAAUAAAAAUGACGCAAAUUUUAAGGGUUUUUAGGAAAAAAUUAAGUUCUCCCAAUACAGUAUUUCAAUAAAACAAAAUAUUUUGUUAUUUAUUUCUCCGGGAGUGGGUAAAUGAUUGCUUCUUUUAUCGGUUAGUACAUUUUUCUAAACAAGAUACCACGAUUUACCUUAAAUUUGAAAAUUUUAGGGGGGGGGGGGGGCACCGGCUGUGCCCCCACCCCCCCUUAAAUCCGCCACUGAACACCCUGGGUUUGAUCUAAAGCAGCAGAAAAUAAUAUUUUUCAGGUAGGGUGAGGUGUUUUCCUCCCUUUUUGACCAGUUUUUCUCUGAUUUCUGAGGAAUCCGGUCACAUCCCUGUUAAUAGAUAUUUUCAUAUACAAUGCAGAUUAUGUAAAAAUCUUUAUAUAUAUAUAUAUAUAUAAUUGUUACAUUUCUUGCGAUCAUUGCAUUAAAAAAAAUUAAAAAAUGUUUAAGACA